UAGACGUUUCAGAGGGGAUUGCAAUAAUCGACACGAGGCUUGUUGUAUCACUGUAACCAAUAGGCUUAAAUAUUUCUCUAUCCGUAAUUAUUAAUCUUUCUUUUCUGGAUUAUAUUUAAAUAAGUAAUUAUGGCAGUCCGUGCUCAGUUCGAAAAUAAUAAUGAAGUUGGUGUUUUUUCUAAAUUGACCAAUACUUAUUGUUUGGUUGCGAUCGGCGGUUCCGAAAAUUUUUACAGUGUUUUUGAAGGAGAAUUGGCAGAUGUCAUUCCGGUGAUACAUGCUUCCAUUGCUGGAUGCCGCAUUGUCGGACGUCUUUCUGUGGGUAAUAGACAUGGUCUUCUAGUUCCAAAUACAACUACUGAUCAGGAACUUCAGCAUUUAAGAAAUUCUCUUCCAGAUUCUGUAAAAAUACAGAGAAUAGAAGAAAGGUUAUCUGCUUUAGGGAAUGUUGUUGCUUGUAAUGAUUAUGUUGCUCUGACACAUCCUGAUCUUGAUAGGGAAACUGAAGAAAUAAUAGCUGAUGUACUGAAAGUUGAAGUAUUUAGACAGACAAUAGCAGAUAAUGUUCUUGUUGGAAGUUAUUGUGCUUUAAGUAAUCAAGGUGGCUUGGUACACCCAAGAACAUCAAUUCAGGAUCAAGAUGAAUUAUCGUCAUUACUUCAAGUUCCUUUAGUUGCAGGAACAGUCAAUAGAGGAAGUGAUGUCAUAGGAGCAGGAAUGGUAGUAAAUGAUUGGAUAGCUUUUUGUGGAAUGGAUACAACAAGCACAGAAUUAUCAGUUGUUGAAAGUGUUUUUAAAUUAAGUGAAGCACAACCAUCUGCAAUCACAAGCAACAUGAGAGCAUCUCUAAUUGAAAGUAUGGUUUAAAGAAUUAAAUGAUUCUCAUCAAAACUGUAAAAUUUUCAGAAUAAUUUGGAUACUAAAUGAGUCAGAAAUGCUUCUGUUUGCAUAUUGUAUGUAUGUAUUUCUUCACGUUGAAAAUAUGUACAAUGUGUAUAUUGCAUGCAAUAAAUUUGUGUUUUAACUUUGGA